AUGUCAUACAUUGGCAACACCUCAGAUGUGGAGCAGGAGAAGAAUCUGUCCGAAUACCGACGGCAGCGCAGUUCUAGCAAUCUGAUGCCGACCGGCGCCAAACAAUCGGUCGGCAGUCCGAAAAUGUCCGAUGUGCUGUGGAACGAUAAACGUGCCGCGAGCCGUGCUGUGAAUGCGAGCGAUGACGACGACUCGGAAGUGUCAGACAGCGAGAACUUUCUCGCCAAGGGUGCCUUUCUGCUCACGCCCUCGCACGAACUGUCGAUGGACCGUGCGGCUCUGAUAUGCGAAAAGAUGAACUUUAAAGGUUGCUUCAGCCUGACGAAGACGGCCACCGGCAUACUGUUUAAGUUUUCCAACCCGGAAGACUAUCAGGCGGUGUUUAAGAAGGGCUUCCAUAAGGUGACUGGGGCACGGUUCUACAAAAAGAUUGCCAUCCCGUGCCGGCCGCAGAAGACAUUCAUGCUGUACGUAUUUGACGUACCGGAGGACCUGCCGGAGGAAGACAUCCGGCACUCGCUGUAUCGUUUCAACUCGGUGGUCGAGGUCGUCCGGCUGGUCGUGCAGUAUCAGAAACCCGCGAUCCAGCCGGAUCCCGGUCAGAUGCAUGCGACCGGUAAGUCCGCCGGUGCGCCCCAAACGAAACCCCAGGUACCAAAGCUGCCGACUACCAAACCAAUCGACGAGCAGGACGUGGCACUGCAGAAAGAAUCGCCACCACCACCGAUACGUAUCACGCUCGCCUCGCUCGAUGAGUACAAUCACCUACUGCAGAACGGGUUGGACUUCUAUGGAGCUACGUUUUUCCCCACCGAGGCCCAACUACCACCACACGCGGCCAAAAUUGCUACUAAACGAGGAACACGCAUGAUUGACGGAAGCAUUCCUGGGCGUGUGCGAGAGCUGCUCCCAGUAUUUGAUGCAGCGGGUUUCAGCAAAAUUCCGCCGCCGGCAUCGAAAACAAUAAAACCGCGCCCAUAA